AUGCAGGCCAUUCGACCUCUCAUCGAACAACAUGGCAGCGUCUGGUCAUUGGGGGUCAACCAGGUCAUGAUCGAUGCAUACUCUCCACUGCAUGCCCAAGAAAGACCGAAACUGGUUGAUUCAGUCAAAGUAACGAGGAAUAUCAGUUACGGGGAUGACUCCAGAAACAGACUUGAUGUAUACGAGCCUUUGACGACAGACCAGUCAUCAGCAGCAGGAGCCCUUCCCGUCGUCGUCUUCUUCCAUGGCGGCGGAUUCAUCGGGGGUGACAAUGAUAUCAACGACGCCUUGCACUCGAACAUCGGGUAUUACUUUGCGUCGAACGGAUGUGUCUGCGUUCUAGCCACGUAUCGUCUGGUGCCGUCUGCCCAGUAUCCCAAUGGCGCCGAAGAUGUCGCCCAGGCUCUACUCUGGGUCAAACACAACAUCGCGUCGCAUCGAGGGAACCCUUCUGCCGUGGUGGCCGUGGGGCAGAGCUCCGGUGGUGCCCAUCUGGCCAUGUCGCUGUUGCUUGGACUGUUACGAAAAGUCGACGCUCAGCCCAAAGAAAUCAUCCUGCUGAGCGCCCCGUUGUCAUACGACCUGAGACAGGAACGACGGAAAGCUACCAUGCUGCAAUACCAUCGCACCGACAGUCCGGAACAAGUCAUGAGCCACACUGCGGUUGCCCUGCUCCAGUCGGGGACGCUGGACGACAUCCGAAGCGUCCCUAUCACCUUGUUUGUGGCCGAGUUGGAUCCUCCCGAGAUCAAGAACGCGAAUGACUUGUUUCAGAGCGAGUAUGAGCGACGCCGUGGGGAGAAACUGGAUGUCUUCAUCAUGGAGGGACACAAUCACAUCUCGAACACUUACGCAAUUGGCCUGCCGGAUGAUGAGACAGGGCCGCGGAUUCUGUCGGUGCUGAAGGGCUGA